AUGAAUUCGCUGUGGCCGUCGAGGGCCGCCAAUGACGGCGCCGAAGGUGCUAAGGGCCAGGGCCCGGGCGCCGUAGACGUGACGGAUACGGGAGUGACUGAUGUCGUAACUGGAACUGAAACGACCAGAGCACCACCCAAUCCUCCACCGACGAGGCCUGGUCUGCAGAGGAAUCAGUCGCAGCCGACUCCUCCCACUCAACAGCCUCCUCCGCCCCCGAACAUCCAACCGCCCGACUCGCUUUCUCUGGCGCAACUUAGACGUAUUGUGUCUGAGUUUCCCAAGACAGAAGCGGCCGCAUACGACUUCGAAUACGCCGACACCGAUUCGCAUGCCGUCGAGAUUGACGAGUGGUUCACCUACGAGUUCUGGCAGUUUGUGCGCCUGAGCAAUGCGCAGAGGGCAUACGAAGUGCAAUGGGAACACGAUCUGGCUGCGAAGGAGGAAGAGGUAUCCUGGGAGGAAGCGAGCGAAGACAUCACAUCACGCUUCAUCGUACAAGCCCUAGAAGAGAUCAGAUCCGACGACGUUACUACCCGCAGCGCCGCGAUCGGACGGCUCGUAUAUCUCGUACUCGGACGGUGGGCAGACACUGCUGGUUCUCCCCCGGGAGAUAGGUCCAAGCUCCGGAGCUUCGCUACACCUGACCAACUAGCUGCAAUGAAGUCAGGCGUGGUGACGAUUGCGGAGCAGAAUGGCAUUCCCAUCAUCUGGGAAGUUUUCAGAAAGCAUACCGAAGCACAACUUGCAGGAGUGCCGUUUGGAACCCAAGCUGGCAGCAAGCAGGAGUCUGAGGACGAGAUUUUGAAUUUAAUGACUAUCUUGUACAUUUGCAUACAGGUGACCCUAGGUGAUGGUGAGGCCAUGGGAUCGGUGCGGGUCGAACUCUUGUCUUUGGAACCUGACUUGGCAACAUUCAUGCUCACGGCCGCCGGCAAGCUGCGAUUUUUCGAGGGAGACGAUCAUCUCAGUUACGCACCGCUCCUUCAAACGUUGCUGUUGGUGUGGAAAUCCCUCUUGCUCGUUUUCGGUGGCACUGAAGAGAUCGAGGAAACCAAGAGAGCUCUUAGGGAGACGGCUGCAGACGACAAGGACAAGAACAUAAUCACCGCCUCGCCCCUGGAUUAUCAUAUUUUCCGACAGGAGAUAACUUCCAAAUACCCGGCAUAUGUACCUCCGCCGGCAGUGAUACCAUUAGAAGCAGAUAAUAUCUCUAUCCUGCCACCGCUGCCCAAUCAUCCCACUAGGAAUAACGGAUCGAACGGGAUCUUGCCAACUCCUCCUAACUCACAGACUGGCGGAGGGUCAAUAUUGAACCAGCCCGUCCAUAUUGCCACUCCAGCACCGUCUCCCCCGCCAUCUCCAGCGAUUGGGGGAAAGGGCGGGAAGAAGCAGAACUACCAAACCAACCAGAACUUCCCGUUCAUGUACCCCCCUCUUGACGCUUCCAGUAACAGCGCGGGCGGCAAGGGCGGCGCCGGUCUCCAAGGUUCUCUCGUUGGCCGGAAAUGGGAAGGAAGCGACGUGCCUGCGUCCAUCCUCGAAGCGGGUGAGUUGUUCUCCAAGCGUGUGAGGAUGACCCGAGCUACGAGGCAGCUGUGGGAGGAGAGAGAGAAAUUCAGAAAGUCUGAAAGGGGCAAUGACCCGUCAGCCGACGACGACAUUGACGAAUUAGAUCUGGAUGCUCUGAAUGUCGAUGACGAGGUUGACGGUGACAAGCUUUUGGCGUUGAUUGAGAAGAGAACGAAGAAAGAACAUGUUGCCGAGGUCGACUACGGUCCCAACUCCGACAUUGACGGGGAAGUCAAGCGGCGGCUUGAAGCCGUAGAGACACUCUAUGAAUCCUCUUUGCCGCACUUACAGUCUCUGGUCAUUGUUCUUAUGAAGGGCGUACUCGGGAUGGUGACUGCUAUCAUUUCUCAACCUCUCAAUGGCCAAAACCCUUCCGGGGCGUCUGGCCCCAACAAUCCUCGCGCCAGUGAAGAACCUAUCUGGAACAGAUCUCAUGAAACCGCAAUGGGGUUCAAUGGCUCCAUGAACCAGGAUAGCAUGGAAAACUCACUGAGCAAUGGCGACACCGCGGGGAGAAACAGCGAGCUCGAGUCAAAAGCCGCAACUGGUAUCCUCCUGCUGCUCUUGAAAUGGCUGAAGAUAUCCCAUGUGUUGAAGUUUGAAUACUUAACACAGCUUCUGCUGGAUUCUAAUUACCUCCCGUUGGUCCUCAAGUAUUUCGCACAUCAAGACAUCCAGCAGGUGGUCGAUAGCAAGGCCGAUCGCCUCGAACACAGUUUCUUUCACUUUUGCAACAACAGAGCACAGCCAACCGAUAACAUGCUUGUUGAGCCAACUGAGAUUGAUGGUCCGGAUGAUGAAAGCGAGGACGAAGCUGCACCACCACCCAUCAAACGCCAGCGAUCACCACCAAGAUCUGAUGAAACACCAGCUGAGGGCAGCGAUGCACCCGAGAAGACGGAUGAGCAGGGCCCUACUCGCCCGGAAGUUGACGAGCUUGGCUACCCGGUAAAUGCACUGCCCAAAGAGCCCAUCACGGACUUCUCCCGCCGGAACUUCUUUGCUCUUAUCAACUUCCUGCGUGUUAUGCAGAAGAUCUGCAAGAACAAAGCCCACCGCAACUUACUGCUUGUUCAAUAUAAGUCAUCGAACAUCAUACGGAAAUCACUCAAGGUGCCGCAGAACGAACUGCGCCUGUACACGCUCAAGCUCUUCAAGAACCAAGUUCCCUACUGCGGCCGUAAGUGGCGGCAGAGCAACAUGCGGGUCAUUACAGCUGUGUACCUACACUGCCGACCGGAAUUGAGGGAUGAGUGGUUGGCAGGUAGCGACGUCGACGCUGAAGUUGAGGAGGCUUUGCCGCUCGAACAGGCUCUGCGCAGCUUGACGCAUUGGUUCAACGUCCGAAGGUAUCCUGAUCAGAUGGCACCAGAGAUAAGGGAAGCGUUGAAGGAGCAACGCGACUUCUUCAAACGUGAGUUGGAGAAGCUUGACAUAUGGAACGAUGGCGGUGGUCAGGGAGAGAACCCAAAUGCCGAGUGGGAAUAUCCUGCAUGGGGAUGA